AUGUAUUCAAAAAACAAAACAAAAAAAAGAGUUUCGAGUACGCCGCCUUACAACGCUGAUCCUAAUCAAAUCGUUAAGAACGGCGAAGACUUUAUUUAUUAUUGCGGCCUAUCCGACUUUUGUCAUAUUGGAAAUGCUUUCUACUUUAUCGUUUAUCACUUUCAGCAAAGUCUACAUUACAUCUCUGGAUGCGAGAAUGGUUGUCAUACUGUACAAUACGUGAAGAACAAUGAGGAAGAAUUGAGUUACAUAACUAUGUGCAACAUACAUCCCAACCAGAAAGACUUUUAUAUGUACAGCGAUAACAAUGGCAUUUUCAGUUGCAUUCCCAGUCAAGUUUCCUACUUCGUUUACCACUUUUCAAAGUAUAACUUUUACAAGAUCGACAACUACUACCAUGACGAUGGCAACAGCAAUAGCAGCUACCAUAGAGAACAAAAAUUACCUAGCCACACUAUCGACGACGCUGGUUCAAGCAUCGAGCCAAUAGAAAAUUGUGAAAUUAAUACAACAGUUUUAUCUAAUAAUGCUGCCACUCACACGAGCGCAAGUAACAAGGGCAAACUCGACAUUAUCGAUGGCGUAAUUCGGGCAGUCUAUAAUGACUGUAUUGUUGCUCUGGGACUGCCAUCAGAAGAUGAUAUUAUUGACAUGAUUACGGAGUGGCGAAAACAUGGGAAGGGUAAGAAUUCCGUCAAUUCGUUUAUAGUAUAUCGCACACUCUUAUCCAAACAAAUACAUGAUAAAAGAAAAAAUUUUAAGCGUGGAGAUUUUCAAUGUUAUGUUAGCGAAUUCGCAAGCAGGACCUGGAAGGGGAAAAGCGCGUCUGCUGAAAAGGCAAUAAAAGAUCUUGCGGCUGCAAUCAACAAGC